AGUCACCAGAUCUCAAUCCAAUAGAGCACCGUUGAGAUGUGGUGGAACUGAAGAUUGACAUUAUGCAUGUGCAGCCAGCAAAGCUGUGCGAUGCUUUCAUGUCAAUAUGAAACAAAGUCUCUGAGGUGUCCAGCACCUUGUUUAAUCUGUGCCAUGAAGAAUUAAGGCAGCUCUGAAGGCAAAAAGGAGGUCCAGAGCUGUACUAGUAAGCUAAUAAAUACUUAAUAAAGUGGCCAGUGAGUGUACAUCUUAGUUGCUAGGCUUCCAGGUAGUAGACUUGAAUCUGCAUCUUUUCUCUUUUUCUUUGAUUCGUAUUUCUUAUGUGAGUGUCACUGUGGGUGUUUCUACCCAGCAGCUGCCUCUCCUAACAACAGCGAUUCAUUCUUGGCUCUAUUCAUUUUCACCAUUGUCAUCCACACACUGUGUCUGUGAGGCCCGCAUUUCUUCCACCAAAGGAUUUAAAGUAAUCCUGACAGUUGCUCGGUUACGGGAGGUGUUUUCUCACUGAGACCAAUGGCUGAAAGCGCUGCUAUUCCAUUGAUACUAAAUAGUGGCGAUUAUGAUGAUGGUGUGUGUCUUUGCCUGCCUUUCAGUCAGCAAAGGAUUUAGGCGGUGUGUUGGCUGCAGCGCGCUGCCCAAAAGAGAGAUUAUCAAAUUAAUUGAGUUAUUUAGGCGAGACAGAAGAUGUGACAGGCAUAUUGUGCCACAGUUAAUUGUUUGAGUUGGAUCAUUUUAAGCUCAGGUGAUUCUCCUUUUGUGCUGUGAAUAUUAUCCUCUUAGCAUGCUGCAUUCAGCCAUUUUCACUUGCUCUCUGAGUGAUUUCUUUUGUACUCAUUUAGUCUGACUGUCGAUGGCUCCGAUAUUUAAUUUAGAAAAAAGAAAAAACUGAUUUAAACAUCAUUGAAGCAGGCCUCACUUUAUACAAAAGAAUCAGCUUUCAGGCCAAAUCUGACACACGUGGCUUCAUAAAUAAACAGGCCUGUGUCAAUUAAUAGAGGAGGCGUAUUGAUCCUAAACACGUAAGCAUUCUCCAACAUAAAGCACACAAGUGUUUACAUUAUGUAGAUCACGCAUACCGCUGGUUCCCAGCACAGUAAAAGCGUGGUGAGGAUUGAGAGAUUACGUGGUGUUGGCAUUGGGAGGGAAGUGGGAGGUGCCAGCAACAUUUUCCAUUUUAAAAAAAAGAAGUGAAACCCAGCAGGGUAAUCGGAUUAAAAUGAGUUUGGUUAAAAUUGGGGCUUUUGAGAGUGUUUUCUGCACUCCAUCCCCAGCAGAUGUCCACAGCAGACCUCCUCAUUCUCUGGAAGUGAAGAAACCAGCAGAGUAACAGCCAACAUGGUCCCUAAUCUGACCGGAUAUUGGAAAAUGAUUUCCAAUGAUAACUUCGAGGAGUAUCUGAAAGCUCUGGAUGUAAACAUUGCCAUCAGGAAAAUUGCCACCUUGCUGAAGCCUGACAAGGACAUCGUUCACGAGGGCGACCACAUAAUCAUCAAGACUCUUAGUACCUUCAAAAACUACAACAUGGAUUUCUACGUCAGCCAAGAGUUUGAGGAGGAUCUGUCUGGAGUGGACGACAGGAAAUGCAUGACCACCAUCACCUGGGAGGGGGACAGGCUGGUGUGUGUGCAGAAGGGAGAGAUCGAAGGGAGAGGCUGGACCCACUGGGUGGAGGGAGAUGAGCUUCAUCUGGAGCUGAGAGCUGCAGGAGUUGUUUCCAAGCAGGUCUUCAAGAAGACUUAAAGCAGCUUUCAUUGAACAGUCUGGCGCCCUCACCAAAAACUGGCUCAGAGAGACACAUCAGGAACAACCCCUUCCUCUAACAUACAGUCCGACUUUCCUUUUAUCCCUCCGGCCUGUCCGUGUGUCCAUGUUACUGUAGUGAAUUCACCAAACACACGUUUCUGUUCCAUCAUGCUGUUGCCUUACUUUGCCAAAGGAAUUUCUUUGUCGCACAAAUGGGCAAGUUGACAUAUAACACCACAAAAUCCAGUACUGUGUAUUUGUUUCAAGGUGGGUGCUUUGAUUAGCAGGUUUAGAUGUGCUGGACGCAUGCAUAAGUGCCAUAGCUGUAGCUGAUCUGAUGGGUGAGCCAGCUGGGAAUGUUGUGGAUGCAGUGAAGAGAAAUGUAAUGACUUAGUUUUCUAAAUGAUUACAGCUGAAGGACGAUGGUAAGAGCAGAACUUGGCUGAGAUUCUUAGUCUCCAGAAUAAAAAUGUUGCAUGUAUCUGUCCCAGUUCCUUUAAGACUGUGGCUGUGAAAGUCGAAUCAAUCAAUAAAUAAAGCCGUUCUAAACCA